UGGUGGUAGUCUGUGCAAAUUGCCAUCUAUUGUCCAAAAUGGCCGAGACAGAAACCGAUAAAAACAAUAUUGUUAGGCCUGAGAGAAAUAAUAGGAAUUUAACGUCAAAUAAUGGCCCUCGGCGUGUUACAAUAUAUAAAACAGAAACUGGUUUUGGUUUUAACGUGCGCGGUCAAGUUUCUGAGGGUGGGCAGCUGAGGUCUAUUAAUGGGGAGUUGUAUGCACCUCUUCAGCAUGUUAGCGCUGUUUUGGAGCAGGGUGCGGCAGAACAAGCUGGCAUUCGGAAAGGAGAUCGAAUACUUGAAGUAAAUGGCGUAAACGUGGAAGGUGCAACUCACAAACAAGUGGUGGAUCUCAUCAAGUCUGGCGGAGACUGUUUGACUCUUACUGUUAUUUCUGUUACACCAAAGGAAGCAGAAAGACUAGAGCCAUGCGACGACGGCUCCGCCCCAGUAGGUGUUAUAGGAGGGGCCGCGAACUCACGCGCUACUGUCUACCAGCGCUACGACUAUACCGACAAACGAUCACUACCGGUAUCAAUCCCAGACUACCGGAUUAUUAUGGAAAGGAACACCGGACGAUCCUUUGUUGCGUUUAACGUACAUAUGGCUGGUAGACACCUGUGUAGUCGACGGUAUCGAGAAUUUGCUGCCCUUCAUCAAGUACUGAGGAAGGAGUUUAUUGGCUUCAAUUUCCCAAAGCUACCAGGCAAAUGGCCUUUUACACUGAGUGAACAGCAACUAGAUGGAAGGAGAAGAGGCCUUGAACAGUAUUUAGAAAAAGUGUGUGCAGUCCGAGUCAUAGCUGAAUCGGAUGCGGUGCAAGAGUUCCUAACAGAUUCUGAUGAUAGUUCAAAUCCAUCUCCAGUAGACCUGAAGGUGCUCCUACCUGACAGAGAAGUGGUCACUGUGGCUGUCCUCAAGUCAACCAACGCUGAUGAUGUGUACCGAGCUGUAUGUGAUAAGAUCGGACUCUCUAAACAAGUGCAGAAAUAUUUCUACCUGUUUGAGAUAGUCGAGUAUAAUUUUGAGCGCAAACUGCAACCGAACGAAUGUCCCCACUCUUUGUAUAUUCAGAACUAUUCUACCGCGUCUUCGUCAUGCCUAUCACUUCGCAAGUGGCUUUUCAACCCUCACACGGAACUGUCUGUCAUUGCCGAGGAUACUAAGGCAGCAGAAUUUAUAUUUUGGCAGGCUGUGGAAGACGUGAAUCGCGGCGUAUGCGUAGCAGGUGCUCGUCUGUAUCAACUCAAGGCUCUGCAGGAAGUGCGUCGCGCUUCUGACUAUUUAGCACUGGCGCGUACGCUUCCCGGCUACUCGCAUAUCGCCUUCCCACCCGCGCAUACGGACACGCACGCGGCCCUUUCUUUGACGCUCGGGUGGUCAGGUAUGAAGCUGUCAGCGUUUUACGAAAGUGGGUCUGUGGAACAAGAAGGCUCAAGUGUAGAAAUAUGCUGGAAUGAGGUCCGAUCCUGGCGCGCUGAUGACGACGCAGCGGCAGCUACUAUUGUCUAUGGACGGAGGAGGCCACUCAUAUUGCACACGCCAUAUUAUCAAUUCUUGUGCAACUGUAUGGACAGAAUAGCGGAGGAGGCGAAAUGGGUGGACACAGGCGAAUAAGCUUUACUUGCAUCCAGAAAAGUAUAUCCAGUAUUUAUUUCUACGGACAUGGGUCAUCGUAAAUUGAAGGUAUAGAACAAGGAAUUGUAUUAGAAAUCCGACCCUUGGAAUUGUACUCAAAACUCAAUUUUAAUUUAAUACAUUCCUCUACGAUAUUGUAAUAUUGGCGAUAUGAAUCACGAGAAUUAAGGAAACGGAUAAAAAAAAAGAAAAUAAUUAGUUACUAAAUAUCACGUACUUAUAAUCGCUAAUUAUUUUUUAUUUUAAAUCUACCCUCUUUUAUACGCUGAUUCUAAUCUAUUUAGUAUUUGAAUAUUAAAUCAAUAUAAUAUAUAAACCUAUUAAUCACUAGCGUUUAAGAGAGGGUAUUUCGAAAUACAGUUGUAUGACUACUAUAGUAAAUUAUAUACUUAAUUAUGGCUAAGUAUUUACUAUGUAAUUCAAUAAAUAUUAUGUCUAAGAUGUCACAAACAGAUCGAUGCGGUGCCAACGUUCACAAAUACUGCCUAGAAUUCAUAUUCUAACAGAAUCUAGUAAAUACAAUAGUUUGGUUUUUAUAUGAGAAAAUAAUGUAUGUAUUAGAAAAAAAUCCCCCACUAUCAAGUGCAUAACAUUUACCUCGGAAGGUGUACAGCCACUUUUCGUCAGUCGAGCGCCGACUGUCGGCGAAGCCACACGUCCGCUCGCUUUUUGGAUUUAGAGAAAGAUCUCAUCAAAAUUUAUUAGUGUAGUGUCAUUUAAUAAAGUUAGUAGAUUAGUGUUUAAUUGUUAAAUCAUUAAUAGUCGUGUCGUCCGCUUGUUUUUAACCGCCUUACAUAUCUCGUUAGUAAAUAAUUUAAGUUAAACUUGAACGAUAUAUGUCAAUUAGCGGAUAACGAAAGGGAAAUAGUUAAUUUUAUUUAUAGCAUAAUUUUGUAUGUUUAUAAUGUAAGGAAUAUCCUAGAUUUCAAAAUUGUGUUUUAUUGUCUCAUGGAGGGUUUUGUUAUGGGGUAGUUUUGUAGUGAUAUAUAAUUUGUUAUACAGGCUUGGCCGUAUAUAAUUCAGAAAGGUUUAUCAAAAAUAUUUUGACGGUUUUAAAUAUUCUUCUAUAAAUAAUUCAAUCUUAUUCGUAUUUAACUAAAGUACUUAUCUUAAAAUCGUAUUUAAGUUUGAUCGUAAAAUUUAUAAUUUUAUUAUGUUUGGCCAUUUCAUGAAAUGGUCUUGUAUUUUCUGUAUAUUCUUUAAUGCUAAUUUUUUUUGUCAUCACUUUCUGAACAAUAUUCAUGUCGUGGCUAGAUCAAAGAAUCGAUUGUUUCGCGAAAUGGUUGCCCAAUAAAAAAAAUUAUUUAUUUUAUUUAUUAACACUUCGUUGCAUUACAUAAAAAGAAAAAAAAAAUUAAACAUAAUUUAAUGAAAAGCAACUGGCGGUCUUAUCGUUUUCGAGCGAUUUCUUCCAGACAACCACUAAUCAAUAAUGUUUGAGUUUGAGUUUUACGAUCUGUCUACGAUAUUUAUACCGUUUAGCUAAUUUUUUAUGUUUGUGGUUUACUAUAGUACAUUAGUACAUUAGAAUCUAUUUGAAAUUAAAUUUUUUUCGAAUGAAUUUUUAUAAUUUUUUACGGUUUAAGUUUAAGUAUAGUACUUUUGUUAAAACGCAAAAAGACUUAUGAAUAAGGGAGUUUGUAUUUGCCAUAUUCUGACAAGGUUACAGUCAAAUGUUUAAUAUGGCAGUUAGCAGUAUUAAAUUAUAUAAAAAUCGGUGCCAUCUAGAUUCAAUUGCUUGUUGCAACCUGAUUUAUGUGUGAUUUAAUUAAAAUAUUUUAACACUUAGGGUAAAAUUGUUCACUUAUAUUCGCAUAUAUAUUUAAAAAUUUUAACGGUUUUGAAUAAAUAUUGAAGUUAUUACAAUUUUCUAUUUUUUUUAUAAAAUGUUAAAACUGUUUAUGAGUUGAAAUAAUCUUUUCAAUUUGUAAAAUGUAUUCUUCCAUUUUUAUAAACGUUUUAAUUUUAAUGUAAUUAUUUGAUAGAUUUUAUUUAUAAAAAUCAAUUUUAAGUAAGAAAGUAGACAUUGUAGCCAGUUGUUUCUUAAUUAACUACCGCUUUUUGACGGCUUUUUACUGUUUUGAUUAAGAAGAUUCAAAACCGUUAAAAUAUGGCAUGCUAUUAUACAGUAUUUAUAAGUGUAGCUUAUUGUGAUAGUUUAUUGUAAAUAAUUAAUUUAUGUGUUAUUUGUUACAUGUAAGUAUCAGUAUCAUGACAGUUGUACUUAGUUAAAAUUGGUUGCGAUAAAUACAGUCUAAUUAUAAUUAGACAUACCGGACUUGCGUCUGGUUUCUGAUAUCCUAACAUACAUAUAAUUAGUAAUUGCUUUUCAAUUAUCGCAACUAAUUAAUUUAUAUUACUGCCUUAUCUAUGGUUUCUAUGCAGCUAUGUUUGAAUCUAUAAUCUAUGAACUGUCAAGUAAGCAACUUAUCUGUUAUACAAAUGUGCAAUAUCACCUUUAAGGUUCAUGUUUCAGUUAAAGUUGAUAAUAUUUUAAUUAAAAAAAUAAGUUUAAUUGUGUGUAACCAUCAUAUUUUACUUUCGACGUCAACAGAGGGAGCUUCGAAUACCUUAUAAUAUUAAUCCUUCAGGAAAUAUUUGCCCGAAGAAAUGCGUCAGCUAUAUUGGAGGGAGCUUCAAGGAUAUUAUACAAACCGUAAACAAUUUUCUCUAGAGAGAUACUUCAGUUAACGUGUGUUUUAUUACUUCCAAUAAAAAAUAUAAACAAAGUUCGUCUCGUUUUAAAUUUUGAACUAAACUAUUUACUAUUAAAUAUUAUUAAACUGAGACUUUACACUUUAAGAUUUUAAUGAAUUGUUGCUUGUUAAUUGAAUGUAUAAUACGAUAUUGAUUUUAAAUAAAAUAGUGGCACCUACAAAGCAUUAAAUAUUGUAAUUUCUCGUGAAUUUUUAUCCUUUUUGUGUUAAUUUUACAAUGCAUGAUUUCCAAGAUUAUUAUAUUACUGUGGCAAUUAUACAAAUCUCCAAUUUUUUAUGUUUUCUGUGGUGCUAUAACUGUGUCACAAAAUAUGCUUUUCAGGAAUGCUGGAUAUAUAAUAAUAUGCUGGCAUUUUUAUAUUUAUAUUAAAUUAUAUAAACUCAGAUCUAAACGGUUUUUUUUUUGUUUCAUCGUCUAAUCGGUGCCUUUUGUUUUGAGACAACUUGUAUUAAAAAAUGUCGCAAAAUGUAUUUUGUCUUUUCAUAUUUAAACUUUGUUUUCUAUAGAAUACGGUCAUAAUACCAAUAGUUGGUGUUAGGAUAAACAUUCCAGUUUCCUCUAGCAUGUCUAAAGUAUAAUAUUGUAACGAUAAGCUAUCAGUAUAGAUUCACAUAAAUAAAUGCAUUGUACUACAAA